UCAUGCAUAAUGUAUCAUUGUCUAGUUGAUAAAGUGCUAGCUGCAAUUGGAUUAUCAGGCUCCUACAUCUAUAACUGGGAUCCAGAACGACUCUAGAAAGUGUCAUUUUGGCACUUGGCCAGAAGUAACAAGUUUAUCUUCUAUCUUCCUAAAGAGGUGACCGAUUGAGAGACAAUGCAUCAUCAAGAUUGAAUGCAUCCUCAUCAGAUAAUAGCUACCGAUGUUUUUUCUCUGUCUUUCUGUGAUGACCACAGACCACGUGUCCUCCACUUGGCAUGCAAUGGUGCCACCUCUCCUACAACCUUCAUUUCUACUAGCAAGUAGCAACACUUUGCCUCUAUAAACCCCAAACUUCAAUUUUUCAGCUCAACAUUCAACAACAACAACAACAUCACUUUUCUCACAUAGUUGAUUUUGUGGUAUCCAUAAAGAGUGUUAGUUAGUGAUGGACCUUAUUCAUAAGCUCCUGAACCUUGUAGCUCCCCCACUCACUUUCUUCUCCCUCUGCCUUUUCUUGCCACCCUAUUGGACUUUCAAGCUCAUCCUUUUCACCAUCAAUUCCAUCUUCUCUGAAAAUGUCGCUGGUAAAGUUGUUCACAUCACUGGGGCUUCCUCUGGUAUAGGCGAGCAUUUGGCGUAUGAGUAUGCUAAGAGAGGUGCUAAAUUAGCACUUUCUGCAAGGAGGGAGACUGAACUAAGGGAAGUUGCUGAAAGAGCGCGUGGUCUUGGAUCUCCUGAUGUUAUUAUAAUGCGUGCAGAUGUUUCUAAAGUUGAAGACUGUAAUCGAUUAGUGGAUGAAACUUUGAACUAUUUUGGAAGAUUGGACCAUCUGGUGAACAAUGCAGCAAUCAGCACUUCCAACUUGUUUGAAGAAUUACCUGACAUAACCAAUUUGAGACCUAUCAUGGACACAAACUUUUGGGGACCAGUUUACACAACCCGUUUUGCUUUACCUCAUCUCAAAAAAUCCAGAGGCAAAAUUGUGGUUAUGUCAUCUGCUGAUUCUUGGAUGCCUGCACCCAGAAGAAACGUGUAUUGUGCAAGCAAAGCAGCAUUGGUGACUCUUUUUGAAACAUUGAGGGUGGAAGUUGGGUCUGACAUAGGUAUCACAAUCGUGACACCCGGUUACAUAGAGUCUGAAUUGACCAAAGGCAAGUUCUUAACUGCAGAAGGCAAGAUGGAAGUGGACCAAGAUUUGAGAGAUGUUGAAGUGAGUGCAACGCCAGUUGGGUCAGUAAGUGGUUGUGCUAAAGCAAUAGUGAAUAGCACAUUGAGAGGAGAUAGGUACCUGACUGUGCCUUCAUGGUUCAGAAUGAGUUAUGUGGUCAAAGUGUUGUGCCCGGAGUUGCUGGAGUGGAGCUUCAGAAUGAUGUAUUUGAGUGGAUCAAAUGCUCCAGCAAAAGAAGCCCCUAGCAAAAAGAUUUUGGAUGUCUCUGGAGUCAAGAGGUUUCUCUAUCCAUCUUCAAUUCAAUCACCUGAAGUCAAGAAUGAAUGAAUGACUAUUGAUGAUUCACAUCAGAACUUUGAAGUUGAACCAUGAAAAUGUCUGUAUACAUGAUGUGGUGCUUUCUUUUUUGGUUGAAGUGUAUAUAUAUAUAUGUUUGUGUAUAAAUAAUGUAUAUUGCACUAGCUAUUAAAAGGCUUUGUACCCCUGCAGUGCACAGGCGCAUGCUUGCAACUUAUAAACAUAGGUUAAUUGUUCGAAAAUUAGCUGUGAUUUUCUAGUCUCGUAGCUAUUUCAAGCAAUUUGACAGCAGUGUUAAGUGGUUGAACCU